AUGUCUUUGAACGCAUCUUUGCUUGACAGCAUCCUUGAAAAGCAUGUUAGCGUCGAUAGAACAUUGACGAACAAAAUCCAGGCAGCCGCAUUCGUUGUAAUCGAAGAAAAUGGUGAUACCUUGUAUGCGAAUGCUGUGGGGAGCCUCACUCUCGAGGAGGACGCUCCGCCAUUCUCCUUGGACUCUGUCUGCUGGGUCGCCUCGAUGACGAAACUCUAUACUGCUGUAGCGGUAAUGCAACUUGUAGAAAAGGGAGCUAUUGACUUGGAUGAUGAUGUUGGGAAGUUGAUUCCAGAACUCUCGAACAAGGACAUCUUAAAGGGUUUUCAGAAAGAUAAGACGCCGAUUCUAAGGAAAUCAACUAAGCCCAUUACACUGCGCCAUCUUCUUACGCAUUCGAGCGGGUUUUGCUACGACUACUUUAAUCGUAACAUCAAGAAAUGGUCCGCCUCCGUCGGCCGUAAAAUCGACUACCGAUUGAAUACGAUCGAGAGCUUUAACUAUCCAUUGCUUUUCGAGCCCGGCAAAGGGUGGGAGUAUGGCAUCGGGCUUGAUUGGGCUGGGCGAAUCCUCGAAAUCCUUAGCGACUGCACUUUGGAAGAGUAUAUGCAGCGCAAUAUCUUUGAGUCCCUAGGAAUUUCAUCAAGCACAUUUUACAUAUCAGACCACCCCGAGCUCGCCAGCCGUCGCGCUGGUAUUGGAUUCCGCUCGUCACCAAAUGAGCCGCUAACUUCACGCGCCGAACCUGCGCCGUCAAAUUUACCUCUGGCUAGAGGAGGCAAUGGGAUAUACACUACUCCAAAUGACUACGCAAAGUUAUUAGGUGCGCUGAUCAAUACUGAUAACGGGAUCUUAGAGCCUGAAUCCCUCGAAGAGUUCUUCAAGCCGCAGCUAGCUAAUCCGAAGCAUCUUCAGAUAUUUUCCGAUGGUCCCAUGCACGAUUCUGUGUUUCCAGAAUUCCCUAUGAAAAUGGCAAUCAAUCAUGGCCUAGGAGGGGCGGUCAAUAUGGAAGAUGUGCCGGGAAAGCGGCGGAAGGGGAGUAUGACUUGGAGCGGCGCCACAGGUUCGCGUUGGUUUAUUGAUCUAGAGACAGGCAUUGCAGCAGUCAUGUUCACGCAAGUUUUCCCUUUUGGAGAUCAUGUGGUGUCUCAGCUUUACGACGAACUAGAGAGCGCGCUUUAUCGAUCUCUUCGCGGCGAAUAG